AUGUCAAUAAUUCUGAGCGGAGAUCGAACCGGAAGGUUGCUGAAAUACGUGCCCAGUAGCCAAACGGUGAACGUGUUGGUGAAAGGUUUGGCAUUUCCCAAUGGUGUGGCCCUUAGCAAGGACAAGUCCUUCAUUCUACUAGCAGAAUCAACCACUUUGAAAAUUCUCAAAAUUCCACUGAGUGGCAACAACAUAGAAACUUUUGCAGAGCUUCCACGUUCCCCAGAUAACAUAAAGAGGAACCAAAAAGGAGAAUUUUGGGUGGCACUUAACAGUGGGAGGGGAAGGAUUCACAGAUUGGAAAAUGAAGGUGAAGUUAAAACGACAGCUCCGUGGACAACAGAUCCUGUGGCGAUUAAAUUUGAUGGAGAAGGGAAUGUGGUUGAUGUGUUGGAUGGAGAAUAUGGACAACAGUUGAACUCUGUUAGUGAGGUGGAAGAACAUGAUGGAAGUUUGUGGAUAGGUUCUGCUGUUCAACCUUACAUUGCUGUUGUAAAACCGUAG